UGUCCCUCAGACAAUUUCACUCGCUAAUCUGUGUCUGAAUCUCACAAGAAGAAGUGAAAGAUGGUGAAGAUUUGUUGUAUUGGAGCUGGGUAUGUUGGUGGACCAACAAUGGCAGUGAUUGCUUUGAAAUGUCCAGACGUUGAAGUAGCGGUUGUUGAUAUCUCUGUACCGCGUAUCAACGCUUGGAACAGUGACCAGCUUCCGAUUUACGAGCCUGGUCUCGAUGAUGUUGUGAAGCAAUGCCGUGGCAAGAACCUUUUCUUUAGUACUGAUGUUGAGAAACAUGUUAGGGAAGCUGAUAUUGUGUUUGUUUCUGUCAACACGCCGACGAAAACUAGAGGUCUUGGUGCUGGUAAAGCGGCGGAUCUUACGUAUUGGGAGAGCGCUGCGCGUAUGAUCGCUGAUGUGUCGGUAUCAGAUAAGAUUGUGGUUGAGAAAUCGACUGUUCCGGUUAAAACAGCUGAAGCUAUUGAGAAGAUUUUGACUCAUAAUAGCAAAGGGAUUAAGUUUCAGAUUCUUUCGAAUCCGGAGUUUUUGGCGGAAGGAACCGCGAUCAAGGAUCUUUUUAACCCUGACCGUGUUCUUAUCGGAGGGCGGGAAACCCCGGAAGGUUUUAAAGCGGUUCAAACGCUUAAGGAUGUGUAUGCACAUUGGGUUCCUGAAGGCCAAAUCAUAACCACCAAUCUCUGGUCUGCUGAGCUUUCCAAGCUUGCGGCAAACGCUUUCUUGGCUCAAAGGAUUUCAUCCGUCAACGCUAUGUCUGCUCUAUGCGAAGCCACUGGUGCAGAUGUUACCCAAGUGUCUUACGCGGUUGGUACAGACUCGAGAAUUGGUCCUAAGUUCUUGAACUCGAGUGUUGGAUUUGGAGGUUCAUGUUUCCAGAAGGACAUUCUGAAUCUUGUCUACAUUUGCGAGUGCAACGGACUCCCGGAGGUGGCAGAGUACUGGAAGCAAGUCAUCAAGAUCAAUGACUACCAGAAGAGCCGGUUUGUGAACCGUGUUGUUUCCUCCAUGUUCAACUCCGUAUCCAACAAGAAGAUUGCGGUUCUUGGUUUCGCAUUCAAGAAAGACACAGGCGACACAAGGGAAACCCCAGCCAUCGACGUGUGCAAGGGUCUUCUCGAAGACAAAGCAAGGUUAAGCAUUUACGACCCGCAGGUGACUGAGGAUCAAAUCCAGAGGGACUUAUCCAUGAACAAGUUCGACUGGGACCAUCCGCUACAUUUGCAGCCAAUGAGCCCAACAACAGUGAAACAAGUGAGCGUUACUUGGGACGCAUACGAAGCAACUAAGGACGCACACGGUAUCUGCAUCAUGACCGAGUGGGAUGAGUUCAAGAACUUGGACUUCCAGAAGAUCUUUGACAACAUGCAGAAACCGGCUUUCGUGUUCGACGGAAGAAACAUUAUGAAUCUGCAAAAGCUAAGGGAGAUUGGUUUCAUUGUUUACUCCAUUGGUAAGCCCCUUGACGACUGGCUCAAGGACAUGCCUGCCGUUGCCUAAUGAUGUCCAUUGCUGAUUCUUUCGUCCUCCAUCAUUUGUGCUUCUUUUGUUGUUUGUCUUUAAGACUUGUUAUAUUUCUUACAAUGUGUUUGUUAUGUCUCUGGUGUGUGUUUUUUUUUUGGUUCAACUUUCAUAUUUUUUUUUGGUCGAAGAGGACUUGUAUUCGACAAUGUCGCUUCAAUUUUGUUGUUUCCUUAGAAACUAAAUAAAUAUUGGUUCAUAUU